GCUUAACACAAUGAGCGCGACAGACUGCAAACGACAUGUGUCAAAUAUUAAAAUACACAGGUCUUAUGGAUGCAGUUAUGUAGUUGUGCAGCUGCCUCAAUAUUUUUUUUUUUUUCAAAUUCGUCGUCCCAAUGUACAUAACAUGCUGUUGGUUUUAUGGUUUCGUAACCUUGUUUUUUAUGAACGGUGACGUAUUCGGCAUAGUAUGAGUGCAAUCACUCAUGACGAAGUUGGUGGACAGGACAAUUACUCACAACUCAGACGACCGGUGAAAUCAUAUCUGUGUUAUAAAAGAAUUUAUUAAUUUGCACUGGAAUUAUUUUUUCUUCGUGGCAACGCCAACAUAAUUUUUAUCGAUAGCAUAUUAAAAUCAUAUGUUUUUGUUUACAUUUGAUAUCAGGAACAAGUUUAAAGCCAAAUUCAUUCAUUGUUGGAAUUAGCAAUGGAUAAUAAAAUUGUCAAAGAAAGAAUGUAUAAAAUAACUUCACAAUUUGAAGAAUUAUGUGAAAACAUUAAAAAUCCAUUGAUCUUGAAUAAUGAUUGUUGGCUUUUGAUUUGCGAUUUACUGACGUGUCAUGAUAUAUUAAAUCUGUCCAAAGUGUCACAAUCUUAUAAAAACCUUGUGCAAUAUCUUGUUUUGCCGUCGAAGUUAACAAAAUGGGAAAUUUCAUUUUCGUACGAUAUCAUCGGUUUAGAUGACUUUAAAUUUAUUAUAGAUUCUAUUUAUACAACCGUUCGAGAACUGCGUAUAUUGUUUCUACCUGAACGGCAUUUUGAGCUUUUGAGUUCCUACCAAUUCCCAAACGUUACUGAAAUACGUAUUACGUUAUCUCGCCCCAUGGAUGAAGCAGAUAUCUCUACGCUAAGCUACGUCUUUCCAAAUUUGCAGGAAUUCUCCCCUCACGGAAUUUGCAGCAGUAAAGCAAUAGAAUUAUUCUCAAAUGUGGAACAUUUGACACUGACAUGCUGUAGAAACUUAACUAAAAGUGAUUUAGGACGUAUUCUCUUAACACUUAAUUUGAAAUCAUUAAAAUUAGAUAUUUUUAAAAAAGUCUCUCCUUUAAGUCGUGAAGAGUUUUUAAAAUUCAGUAAAAUUGAAGUCUUAACUCUUAAUCGAAUUGAGCUGGGACUUAUUUCUGGAGUUAAUUUAUCCGAUGUUCAUAAUCCAAUCAUAUUUAGAGAUCUUAAAGUGUUAAUAAUAACAGGUAAACUUAUAGAAUCAACAGAGGUAGAUAAACUGUUUGAAAACAUUCAGUUUAUUGUGUGCAGAAAUGUUAGUUCUAUAGAGAUCGCCAACGUUUCAGAUGACUUCCUUAGUACAUAUUUCAAUACUGAAAAGUAUGACUUUUUGAACCGUGUUAGUGUUCUAAAAUUUAUAAAUACCACCAUUUUGAAUAACGUGAUUGGUAUGCCUAGCAAGUAUAAGGAUCUUAGAGAGCUUUAUUUUUUCUAUUGCCAUGCAGCAAUAAAUUUGGAUAUUUUAACCAUUAUAUCAAAUAGUCAGAAGUUAGAUGUAAUAAGCUUUGAGGAGUGUGAUAUCCCACAUAUUGUCAUAGGAAAAGCUUUUAUAAGGGACCAAUUAGGUAUUCGGAGAAAUGAACUCGUAUUGAACUGGUGUUCCAAAGAAAAGAAUCCUGAUGUGCAUUGCUAUAAUGAGUAUCGCAAUUUGAUAAAAUUAACAAAUGUCUCACAUAUUUCCAGUAACUUUGACUCUAUGACAAUACAAUUUAAGUAAUUUAUACAUAUUUAUAUUUGUUAAACAUGUUGUAGUCCUCCUUUUGAUUAUUUGGGAUGAAAGGAAACAACCUUCAUCUUUCUGGUUUUGCUGAUUCAAUAUUAGUAACUAAGUAGAUACUGUAUGGUUUAAAUUUGUUUACUUAUAUUUAAAGUCCUGUUUUACAAAAUAAAGUCAUUAGCUUACUUAAAAAUA